AUGAAUUUGCAGGAAAUAAUUUAUGCAAAAGUUAAGAAAAUAAAGGAAGAGAAUCUGUUGAAAUAGAAAGAAGGAAGAUUUUAGGCUAAUUAAUGUGAGAGUAACUAGUUUAAAUAAAACAUAGUUAGUAAUUGGAAGUUUAAUAAUGUAAUCAAGCCAAAGCGAAAGUAUAAUUGUUUUAACCACUUCUUAAUAAUGGAAUUAUGGAAAACUACUUAUCAGAUGAGAAAGAUAUAAUAAUUGCAUCAAAAUUUCAGCUAGGAAUUCUUGAAAAAGAAAGACAAAAAAAUAAAAGUAUUCAAAAAUUGUUAAGGUAAUAUUUUACCAUUUUAUAAAAACGUUGGAGUGUCUUUACUGAAUAAAUUUAUUUACAAUUUGUUUUUACUAUUCCAAUAGACUUGGUUAAUAGAAUGA